AAAUAAUACCAAAAUACUAAUAAGACUGCAUUGAAGCCCAAAAACUCAGAAGUAGAUUAAGGCCCAAAUCCAUUAUCGUUACAAGCCAUUUAAUGAGCCCAAAUCAAAUGUCGGGUCACCCACACUCCCGAGUAACGAGUCACGACACAGACGAACUCACCGUCACCGUUGCCGCCUUCGCCACGUUUGACCUCCAAAUAGAAAGACUAAGAAGCGCCACUUUUCUUCCAUUUUGCACGGACAGACCUCCGGAGCCCGCCACCGCCUUCUCUCCGAACCUACGAGGGUUUGAACUCCACAGUUCACUACCGAGAACGACAGAACCAACCGGACCUCAAAAACAAUAGCCAUGGAGGACGACGAUAAUGAGUGCUACCAGCAGCAGAAUGAAAAGGAAGAGGAAGAGGAUGACAUGACGCAGGAGGAUGCCUGGGCUGAAAUCGUCGACGAAUCUGCUGAUAUUGAGAUCCGUCCUGAGUCUCAGCACAAUCCUGGUCACCAGUCCGAUUUUGCCGAGGUCAUAUAUUUUCUCCCUUUGCUUUUGAGGUCAUGUUUUGUUCCCUUUGCUUUUGAGGAGGGGAAAGUUCAGGGAGUUCUGGCUGCGGAUACUUUGGCCUAUGUUCUCUACUAUCCUCAAAACCCACUUGUUACCACACGAGGUAUGGAACACCUCCACUUUAGGCAGCUUCCUGCUGGCAUUAAUGCAAUUGUUGCGAUUGCCUGCUAUUCUGGGUAUAACCAAGAAGAUUCUGUUAUCAUGAACCAGUCAUCAAUAGACCGUGGAUUCUUCAGAUCACUCUUUUUCCGUUCUUACAGCCAAGAUAUUUCUGGCAUUUAUUCCUCUGUCCUUUUCUUAAUUUGGGGUCUGUUCAAUCCCAUGGAUGAGGAGAAAAAGAUGGGAACACUUGUCAAAGAAGAUUUUGGACGACCAGACAAGGCUAAUACCAUGGGGACAAGGGUUUCAGGUGAAGAUGUAAUCAUAGGAAAGACCACUCCCAUUGCUCAGGAAGAAGCUCAGGGUCAAGCGUCACGCUACUCAAGGCGUGAUCAUAGCAAAAGCUUGAGACAUAGUGAAACAGGCAUGGUGGACCAAGUUCUACUGACGACAAAUGCUGAUGGAUUGAGAUUUGUUAAAGUAAGGGUAACAUCAGUUAGGAUCCCCCAGAUUGGAGACAAGUUUAGCAGUAGGCAUGCCCAAAAGGGAACUGUGGGCAUGACUUACACACAGGAAGACAUGGCAUGGACUGUAGAGGGUAUCACCCCUGAAAUUAUUGUGAACCCACAAGCCAUUCCUUCUAGAAUGACAAUUGGUCAGCUUAUUGAGUGUAUCACGGGGAAGGUUGCAGCUGACAUGGGGAAGGAAGGAGAUGCCACACCUUUUACUGAUGUUCACUGGCAGCCUGCAGACGGCCGAUCUCGUGAUGGUGGUCUUCGAUUUGGAGAAAUGGAACCGGAUUGGAUUGCAUGAUUGCUCUCAAAGAGAGGUUGUCUGACCAAAGUGAUGCAUACAGAAUUCAUGUUUGAGAGCGUUAUGGGUUGAAUGCGAUUGCAAAUCUGAAGAAGAAUUCAUUUGAGUGCCAAGGUUGUAAGAAUAAAACUGAUAUCGUUCA